AUGGCGUUCACCUCGCACGAAGUCCUCGGCAUCUCCUCCGGCCGCGCGCGCCUCUGCUUCGGCCACGAGGACAACCCGAAGCGCGUCGAGGAGGUGCUGGAGCAGGGGGAUGUGAUUGUGAUUCCGGCUGGGGUGGCGCAUCGGUUGCUGGAGGAUUUGGAGGGCGGGUUUGAGAUGGUGGGGUGUUAUCCGAGGGGCUGUAGUUGGGAUAUGUGUUAUGGGAGAGAGGGGGAGGAGGCGAAGGUGAAAGGGAUUGGGGGGUUGGGGUGGUUUGAGCGAGAUCCGGUGUAUGGGGACGAGGGACCGGUGUUGGAGGUGUAG